GGAGGAAAACCCUAGCCGCCAAUCCAUAUAUAAGCGAACGCCGUCGGCUCUCCGAAGCACGGACGAAGGAUCGAUCGAGGAGUGCAGCCAUGGUGUCGGGGUCGGGGCUUUGCGCGAGGUGUGUGGUGGUGGACGCACGCCACCACAUGCUGGGCCGGCUGGCGUCCAUCCUGGCCAAGGAGCUCCUCAACGGGCAGCGCGUGGUGGUCGUCCGCUGCGAGGAGAUCUGCCUCUCCGGCGGGCUCGUCCGCCAGAAGAUGAAGUACCUACGCUUCCUCCGCAAGCGCAUGAACACCAAGCCUUCCCACGGCCCCAUCCACUUCCGUGCCCCCGCCAAGAUCCUCUGGCGCACCAUCCGUGGGAUGAUACCUCACAAGACGAAACGUGGGGCGGCGGCGCUGGCAAGGCUCAAGGCGUACGAGGGCGUUCCACCACCUUAUGAUAAGAUUAAGAGGAUGGUUAUUCCUGAUGCACUCAAGGUCCUGAGGCUUCAGCCCGGGCAUAGAUACUGCUUGCUGGGUCGGCUGUCAUCGGAGGUUGGAUGGAAUUACUAUGAUACUGUUAAGGAGCUGGAGGCAAAGAGGAAAGAGAGGGCCAAGGUGGCUUAUGAAAGGAGAAAGCAGCUCACAAAGCUUAGGUUGAAGGCAGAAAAGGCUGCGGAGGAGAAGCUUGGUUCCCAGCUUGACAUCCUUUUGCCGUUGAAUUACUGAGUUCGAUUUCAUUGCUUUUUGCCAGAACGAUAUGGUUAGUUCUUUUUGUCAUGUUUGUUGCGAGACCGAGUUUACCGUUGUUUGUUUGUGUAACAUGCAACAUGGGAUUUCUUGAAAUUAAGCAUAUUAUGGAAGACAUUGUUAAAAACAUCAAGCAUUAUGGUUUUUUAUGUGAUAA